GUCUUCCUGGUGAGCAUUAUUCUCUUGUUUUGGUUCGUUCAUCCAUCUGAAUCAGUACAGAGACGUUGCAAAGCUCCUGUCCGCAUCGAAAACGGUGUAAGAGCGUCAAAAASAASAUUUUAUAGAAUUGGASAGGCACUUCUCUACCGCUGUAAGGCUGGMCACGCAAAGGAAAAUAAAACUACGCCCCUGUGCACYCARACUGGGAAAUGGAGCCACAWGAGMUGGGCUUGUAAACUACAGAGACGUUGCAAAGCUCCUGUCCGCAUCGCAAACGGUGUGAGAGCGUCAAAAAGAAGAUUUUAUAGAAUUGGUCAGGCACUUCUCUAUCGUUGUAAGGCUGGACACGAAAAGGAAAAUAAAACCACGCCCUUUUGCAAUCAGACCGGGAAAUGGAGCCACAUGAGUUGGGCUUGUAAACCCAUCUCAUGUGGAGAACCACCAGCUAUCCCAAAUGGCCGGUAUUCAGCAAGCAGGCUCACUUACGGCAGUAACGCGACCUAUACAUGUAACUAUGGCUACAAGAUAGUUGGACGACCCUAUCGAAUAUGUAAGAAGAAUGGAAAAUGGACUAAAAAGCCACAGUGCUUAAAAUAUAGGUGUAGGAUCAAAGGGAAAUUGCGUAUCGGAAAUGGACAAGUCAAUGUUACCGAUCAGACMCUAUCCCAUGRUGCAACGCUGAUAUUCAAAUGUAAGCCUGGCUAUGAUUUGAUAGGAGAUGAUACUACCACAUGUCUAGAAGGCCGCUGGAGCCAUACCACUCCACCUUCCUGUAGAGCAAAGACCUGCCCUAAUCCUGGCUCACCUGAGGGUGGAUAUCGGCUUGGCUAUAACUUUCGCAUUGGAAGCACUGUUCGGUUUAUUUGUGGUCCAGGUUACAAGAUGAGAGGAUCUCGUUCACGCACUUGUAUGGGAAAUAAAACAUGGAGUGGAAACUUGACAAUUUGCGACASUGGAAGGUCAGACUGCCCUGUUCUUGGCACGCCAGUCAGUGGAUAUAAGAUUGGCAAUCGAUACARYUUUGGUUCAAUAGURCGMUUCAAAUGCARGCGGGGCUACAUACUUACAGGAUCAAGUCACAGGCUUUGUACAAACAAGGGCACGUGGAACGGAACUGAAUCGAAGUGUGUGGAUAUCUUUGAUCACUUGGUCACCGAUGUCGAUCAAACAGCGAUUCUACUUCGCAAAGGCCUGGAUACUAUGUUAGAAUACACGUGCUCCGGUGGGAACAARACUUGCAAUAUAUCUGGUGUUGACACAAGAGCAAGGAAAGUGUCUGUAGACUUGACCGAUUCAAAAGGUUUGGAUGUGCUCUUCAUAUUUGAUGCUUCUUCGAGCAUAACAGACAGCGAUUUUAAACUUGGGGUUCAGUUUGCAAGGCGCCUCGUCAAUGUGCUUAAUCCGACAUGGAAGCCAAARGGGACAAGAAUUGCUGCAAUUGUUUACGCAACACAGGCCGAAGUGGUAUUCAAUUUCCRKGAACACGCCGCAUUAUCGAUYUSGGGUGUUCAUAACAUGCUUCGAAAGUUAAUCAAACUACGAACAAAUAAAAACUAUCGAUCUCUUAAAAACGUAUYACCAARACUACAAAAUGACGCUUUAUUCAARGGGGGAACAGCUUCUGCACAAGCACUAGAAUUAGCCGCCGCAAAAGUUUUCGUUACAAGGAAAAGUCAACGCCAGCGAGUCUUGUUUUUCAUAACUGAUGGGAUGUCUAACAUUGGCGGAUCGCCGAUCAAAAAAGCUAAGAUUCUGAGGAAUAGACCGGACAAAGGAGGCUUUAAUGUCGAUAUAUAUGCCAUCGGAAUUGGCAAAAAGGUAGCAGAUCCAAGCAAUAACAUGUAUAAAGAACUAUACGAUAUAGCCUCACCAGGGGUUGAUCAUGUAAUCAUUGUCGAAAGUUUUAAACAUCUUAAUAAUGCAAGCAAAAAGGCAAUCGAAAUCAAAUAUGAUUACAGACCUUGUGGUGAGGGAUUUAGCUUUUCUGAUAGUCGCGGUCGAGUUGCAGGUGGAACAGCAUCCAAGCAAGGCAAAUGGCCAUGGCAGGUUGGAAUUUAUAUCUUGUCGAAAAGCGGUAUGGAUAAACUUGAGCUAAUAUGUGGAGGUGCAUUGGUCGAACGAGAUUGGGUCUUGACAGCAGCCCAUUGCUUGUACGAAAAACAGGACAAUGGCUUAUUUAGAAAAAUGCAUCCGUCAGGGUUGACCGUGAUAGCAGGUAGUAAUGACUUGGCAUCUCGUGCCUUCGACGAAAAUGUAAAAUCGACUCCAGCAGAAAAACUUAUUAACCCAGACAGCUACAUUCACGGUAAUGGCUUCAAAAAUGACAUUGCUCUUAUCAAACUUAAAGAGCCGUUUGAGCUUGGCCCUUUUAUUCGAAAGAUAUGCCUUCCAGGGAAAAAAAACKUGGACAUGCCAGGAAAAACAGGYUAUGUCGCUGGCUGGGGGAAAACAAAAACAUACAAGAACGGUGGAGAGGCAAAGUCGCUKGAAAAUUCAAAAGUGCUYAUGGAGUCCCGCUUCGAGAUACAACCACCUCAAAUCUGCAUAAACUCGACCAGCAAAAGGCAUAGGGGYGACGUUGAUCCAAAAGUAGUGUUYUGYGCAGGUGACGGACAGGGCGGGAAUGACACGUGCUCGGGAGACAGCGGUGGAAGUUUUAUGAGAUUGGUCGAACAAGAGGGAAAAUGGAAAUGGGUGUCAGUAGGAUUGGUCUCGUGGGGGGAGGGGUGUGGAAUGMMGAAUAAGUAUGGGAUGUACACCAAAGUUUGGCCAUUUGUUGAUUGGAUUAAAAAAACCAUUCGGGAUUAUAAAUAGAAAUUGGCUUCAUGUUAAUGAUAACUACUCUUAAAAAAUUUAUAUCAAACCUGCUCUAAGUGCAAUAAAAAAACGUAGGGGAAAUUAUAAUGAAAAAGCAAGCGUGAAUAAAGAAUAUGAGUUUUAUUUAUAAUAAAUAAAAUGAGUUUUAUUAAUA